AUGAACGGUCUCACAACAGUAGUGCUGGUAUGGUGGCGGUGGUGGCGUCUGCGGGUAGUGUUGCAUGAGGAGGUGGAAGCGUUGGCUUUGGUACUUCAUCAUGGCACUCAAGAUGUGGAGGGUGUGAAGGGUGAGUGUGAUGAGGUGAUGGUGGCGGUGGUGGUGGUGGUGGUGGUGGAGGAGGAGGAGGGGCAGGAGGAAGGGGGAGAGGAGGAGGAGGAGGAGGAAGAAGGAAAGUGUUAA